AUGGAUGAGUAUGAGGCUAUUGCCUUUCUUACUGAUGUUAGUUAUGAAAGUAGAUUAGAAUCAAUCAAAACCCUGCAUAAUAUUUUAAAAAUAAACAAAGGCAAAUCAAAAUUUUCUGAUUUAUAUGAAAUUGCACGUGGUUUGGCUGUUGUUUUGUUUGAUAAAGAGAUUGAUGUCAGGACACAUGGACUUAAUUUUGUAGUCGAUUUUAUAAAUGGUCUUGAAGAAAAUGUGUGCAACUGCAUCCAUGCGAUUGUUCCAGCUUUGCUAACCUGCUUGGAAGAUAAUAGAAGUGGAGUUCAGCUGAAUGCAGUUAAAUGUUUAAAAACAUGCUUGAAAAAAACUGAAAAUUUUCAAGCUACAAUAGAUUUAAUAAUAUCUGAAGGUUUAAAUUCAAGAAGUAAAAAAAUCAGCAAAUCAGUAAUAUCAAAACUGCAUUUAAUCGUUGUUGACUUUAAAGCAAACCGCCACAUUGCAAAGCUGAUCCAUGCUCUUUACAACAAGCUUUCCAACAAAUUCAUGCAGACUCAUGGGUUUGAAUCUUUGAAGAAAUUAAAAAAUGUUUUGGGUGACAAAUUGUUUCAAAGUUAUUCCAAAGAUGCUGAUGAAAACUGUAGAAAAAUUUAUAAUUAUCUAAGUGGUGAUGUCAGGGAAUUGAGUUUCAUUGAUUCGUUGAUGAAAAGUGAAGAACUGUUCUCAUCAAAAGAUAUUCCUAAUUAUGACGUUGAUGAAGAAGACGAUGAUAAAAAUGCUAAACAAAUGAAUUUACAUUCACAACUUGUCUUUGGAUUCUUGUCGAUCAAUAUUUAUGACAGACUAUUAAAAAAAGAUUCAACUCAUGAAAAAGUUGAAUCAUUGGAAGAUUUAAAAUUUAUUUGUAAGAAUCCACAAAACAAUGAUGCUUUGGAGAAAAACUUUCCUCAAUUCUUAGAAUUCCUCUUAAAACUUUUUGAUGUUUCUAACAUGCAAACUAAUUUAAUAUGUCUGGAUAUUAUUAAAGUUUUGUUGGAACAGUAUGGCUUAAAAUUGAAACCUUAUACAAAUUCAUUUAUUUCUAACAUUUUCCCAUUUAUAUGCACUGAUGUAAUUUGCUUGAAAGAAAGUGUUUUCAAAUUGGUGAAGAUUAUUUUUGAGACUCUCGGAAUUGUCAGCUCAGCUCCCCCACUAUGUAGUUUUCUAAAACAUUCUCGAAGUAAACUUAGACAGGAAACGUUAAAUUUUGUCAUGUAUUUGUUAUUGACCAUGAAUAUGAAAGUUGGUGAAAUUGAAAUGUUUGUAGGGCCUGUGAUGGAAGCAUUAUUGGAUUCCAAAAAGUUAAUACGACAAGCGGCCAUGGAGUGUUCUGCAUUGUUAGGACAUUUUUUGAAUGCUAACAAGAAUAUGAAAAUUGUCUCAUGUUUGCAUAAUCUGGAACAGAUGCCUAGAGGUAGCGGGGUCACGAAGGCAGUUAAUGAACGUUUCAACUUAAAUAAAUUACCAAAAUGUAACAAGGAUGGCACUAUUAAAUACACAGCUAUCAACAAUAACAUUGCACCUUUGGUUCUUGAGUGGGUGCUCCUGGCUGGGAACUGCAUGACGCGAGACACCCAGGGGAGGUCUGUUAGUACUGAUGAGUUCAAUGCUGCCAAAGAUCACAAGACUCCUUUCUUUGAAGAUAAUAAUGAAUCUAAAUCACCUUCACCAUGGCAUGGCCAUAAUAAGUUUUCUAAACAAGAUGUCGGAAAGAGCUUGAGCCGUGCAUUCGUGGACGUGGCAACACCGCAGGCAUUUCUACUUGUCACACAUAUGCCAUUCCCCACCAUUCCAACUUUUACAAGAUUCAACAACUUUUUAAAUGGAGUCCGUGCACUGGCCUCAUUGAUGCAAAUGUUUGUAUCUAAGAGAUCAAAAGAGUUUGCAGCAUAA